CACAUGAUUCCUGAAAGCCCUAGCGGAUCAGAUUCUAUUCAAGGGAAAGGUCUGCAGUGAUCGGAGUGUUUCAUUUUGACAUAGAACAAAAUAACUGGUAUAAAAGCACUUCAAGAUGACUUCCAAUUCAACGAUCGCUAUGCGGUUUGUGCUGUUUUUACUCGCUAUAUGGUGUUUAUGUCAACUCGACGGAAAUUCAGUUUCUGCGCAAGCUUCAAGGUGUGAUCCAAUCGAUUGUCCCAAAAGCGCCAACUGUACCGCAGACAAAUGCGAUACUUCGUGCAAUGAAGGUAACACGACCUGCUCCCAGGAAUGUUACAACGAAAUGUGUUCGAUAACAUGCCAAGCUGGGAUGGAGAAAUGCGAACAACGCGGUUAUUAUGGAGAAAUGUCCUGCGAAGCAAGAAACGCGUGUUUUCAGAGAUGUGGAAAAGGAGAAUGUUCAUCAUCUUGCAACAAUACUGAGGAGUGUUAUCAAGAUUGUGGAUUCGCAAAUUGCACCGCAAAAUGUAAUGUUGGAGCGAAAUUCUGCAGGCAAUUGUGCCACGGUAGUAAAAGCUGCCAGCAUACCUGUAAUGCCAGGGAGACGUGUCAACAAACAUGCAGCAUGGCUAGAGGAUCUGGAAAUUGCUUAUUGUUUUGUAAUACGGAUGUCUGCACGCAAUGGUGUCACAAAGAAGACUGCCAAGCGACGUGUAACUCUGGAAGCGGAGCCCACGAGAAAUGUCGACAGGUAUGCUAUGAGGGAAACUGUUCAUUAUCUUGCAACUCGAGCGACUGUGAACAAGAAUGUUACAAGGGAGGCUGUCACCUGACAUGCAAUUCUAAGAGAUGUAAUCAAGUUUGUGAUCAAGGAGGUUGUGUUGCAACAUGUGGCCCUGAUGUCGAGGAAUGCACGCAAGAAUGUAACCAAACAAAGUGCGUAUCACACUGCAACGCAAAAAAAUGUUUGAAAAAAGGCAGCCAAUGGGUCCAGGAUCUUAAUCCAACUACAACCAUCAAUCCGAACACUAAUCAGGAACUUGAUCCAACUACAACCAUCAAUCCGAAGACUAAUGGAUCAGUAACUGCAACAAGCACUACCAAAAAUGGUACGAAAAGUGAAGCCAGAUGUUUUGGUAAGCUACACGGCACCCUGCUGUUUCCUUUCCUUGUUGUCUUUCAAGCUAAUUGAUGUACAGUAUAAUUUUGUGAUUUCAAUUUUAAAAAUGAACAAAUAAUUAUAACAGUUACCAUUAAUAGUUACCAUCAGUGUUUUCGCUGAGGUUUAUUACUGCAUAAUGCAUGCAUUGACAAUUAAGAUUCUAUUGAACUAAGUAGUAUUGUGAUCGUCGUUUUUAUAGUCCUACAUGUA